AUGUCGGUCAUACUACUGUCCAGACUUCUCGCACUGAUAGUUAGAUCUUCUCUGUCGUUUCAAGUACAAGCUUUGCCGCACUUCCUUCCCGGAGCUCCUUUGGGCCACAUCAAAGGUUUAGGUGAAACUUCAGGUUUAUGCGCCAGUAGGGUUAACCCAAAUAUCCUAUACGCUCAUAAUGACAAGGGUGAUGGUCCUUCAUUGUACGCCCUCAAUUCCCUUACUGGGGAGCUGAAGAAAACUAUUCACGUACAUGGAGCCCAUAACUAUGACUGGGAAGACAUUGCUUGUGGUCCUUGUAGUGAAAAUGGAGGGCCAUGCAUCUACAUCGGAGAUAUAGGUAAUCACGAUGGAGACGGAGCUCACAACAUGAUUUAUAAAAUUCGGGAACCAACCAUCACGGAUACUAACGGUGAUAUCACUGUUGAUAUCGAGGCAAAGCUUCCUUUCGUAUGGUAUCCACACCAAGUAGAUGCAGAAACCCUUAUGGUGGAUCCCAAAAGUAACAUUUACGUCAUAUCUAAGGUAUCUGACGGUCAAGGCAAAGUCGGAACCAUUGCCAGUUCUGUUUGGAACUCCUCACAAGUACCAAUUAUUCUUAGUAACCUCAUUACCCUUCCGCUGUCUACAGGAAGUGAUGAUCCUACGGGCGGGGACAUCUCCCCCGACGGUCAUGAAAUCUUGUUGCAGACUCACCAUCAGAUAUUCCACUGGCAAGUAACUAAUGGACUUACCAUCUUUGACACAUUUCGUGAGAACCCUGUAGGUGUACCGUUCCAUUAUGUUUCCCACGCCGGUGCUGUAGCUUGGGACGCCAUCGGGAGGGGUUACUAUACUGCUUCCGAAGGACAUCAUAGGACUUUGUAUUAUUACGCAAAGCAAGGAUGA